AUGCGCGCGAGCGUCGCGCCGGUCGGCGACCGACCUCCCUCGCCGUCGUUCGCCGACGACUGGCGCGCGUUCGCGGACGGCGCGAGCGCGCAGUUUGAGAAUCUGUCGGAUCGCGCGCGCGCGCUCGCGCGGCGGACGAGCCAGGGCGCGCGCGCGACGACGGCGGCGCUGCAGUCGCUCACGCCCGAGCGCGUCGCGUGGUUUCUGGCGCUGAGCGCGACGAGCGCGCUGAUGUACGCGCUGGCGUUCGUCGUGGGCGCGCCGACGCUGGCGAUCGCGCCGGCCAAGUUUGGGCUGUGCGUGUCGGCGGCGAGCGCGAGCGGGGUGUGCGCGACGGGGGCGCUGCGAGGGGCGCAGGCGCAGGUGACGCACAUGCUGAGCGAGGAGCGGGCGGUGACGUCGGUGGUGAUGGUGACGACGGUGGUGAUGACGGUGCGCGCGGCGGCGUAUCGACACGCGUACGCGCAGACGGUGUUUUGGAGCGCGUGUCAGACGUGCGCGGUGGGGUAUUAUCAGGUGAGUUAUUUUCCGUACGGCGCGCAAGGGUUCAGGACGGUGUGCGCGACGGCGUGGCAGAUCGCGCAGCCGGUGAUGGGGGCGUGCGCGCGCGCGAUCGGGUUCGCGGCGUCGAGUCGGGGGGGGGGGGGCGCGCUGCCGGUGUAG